UUCUUCUUCACUCAUAGCUCCCUCUAACGCCAUGUUGGCUGUCAUGACUUGACUUGUUGUUUUCAUCAGUCUUACUACGGACUUGACAGGAGUGGCUCUCUUAAACCCCCCUGCGCCUUUGGAGACGCUUUAUUCCGUUUUUGCGCGUACGCGUUUUGGAUGAUACGCGCGGAGUAUGCAUGCAUCAUUCCCGUGACUGUGCAUUUGAAAGGAAUACUACUUGGAAAUAGCAGUUUUCAGACGCUUUUGGUUGUUGUUUUUGUGUUUUUUCCCUUGUCAUAUGUGCAACAAAAUGUCAGAUGUUCGCCUUUCUAAUGCGAGCCCGACAUUGGAGAGGGGGGUUGAUGCGCGGCAGCAAGACAACCUCAGACCUCGGGUUCGCCGAAAUCUUUUUGGCCGACCAAACCCAGAGGAGAUACAGAGGAAUUUGGAUGCUGUAGUGCAGGAAGAAGUGCAGGCUUUUAGGGAGAGGUACAAUUUCGACCCGGUGACCGACAGACCGCUGAGUCCGGGUAACUAUGAGUGGCAAGAGGACAGCGACCCACCGGAGUUUUUUCUCAGACCGCCUCACGGGAGCCAGCGGCCCCAGCGAGAUGUGGACUUGCCCGGCGAUAACCAGCAGCAGGACGCCGAGGACAGGAGUGAACGGCGGUCGACUCGCCAACCAGACAGACACGGUUCAAAGAAAAGACGUCGAGGAGCUUUAGGUCCCUGCUCCGGCGAGUGUCAAAGUAAAAGGUUGCAUUCCGACGAAGAUGAUGAUGAAGACCAGUCGAACGGUACAGGAAGUCAGGCGGUUAAAGCCGCGGAGGAGAGACCCAGCAGGCCGGAGAGCAGCGCGGAGGUCCAGUGAAAAAAGUGCCAGAGCGGGGAGACCUGUUGCUGGUGGAAUACUGUAGCCUUUUCUCAUCAUCUGACAGACGCGGGAGAAAAUUUAAAAAAAAAAAAAAAAGAAAGAAAGAAAGAAAGAAAGAAAGAAAGAAAGAAAGAAAAAAAUCAGCCUUUUCCUAAAGAGGGGGAGGAGGAGAGGCUGCACAAGCACUGAAUAUGUACACUAUCAAGUUUUGGCACUCGUUUUAAUUAAAUUGCCUCAGAAGCAGCAGACAAUGUAGCAGUGUGCAAAUGGAUUUUUGCUCAUCUUUUUUUAUCUACUACCUAUGUUUCAGAUGUAGCACAUAAAAAAGCAUGAUAUGCUUUUCAUACCUUUUGUUAAAUGUAUUUGAAUAAGUGUGUGAAUUUGACUCGGGAAGUUGCAGUGCAAUUUCCAACAGAGAAAUAUUAUUUUGUUAAAAAUGGUCAUGUUGUAUCAUUAUUCAGGUAAUUGAUGUAAGUUACAAAUGCAGAUUUCAAAAGUCAGGGUUAUGUGAAAACAAAAUGUCUUCACUUUUUCAAUGGCUUUAUUUGUCCCAGUGUUAUAUAUCUUGUGUUUGAAGGCCCAGAUGGCCACACUGUAAGUUGAGGGUCCAUCUAACUGGGAACAGCCAUGAUAGAUCAAGUUUACAUGCAAAUAAUAAUUCCUUAUUUCCCCCUUUUUUUAAUGUCAUUAUUUUAUUUUUUUUUCUGGGUUUUUGCCAAAGUUUGUGCCUUUUAAUUCUGGGUUUGAGGGGUGGGGUGGGAGGGUGGCUAAACUGCUGAGCAAUAUCCAACCAAAUUUUAACAGUAUUUGCUAAUAAUCCUAAGAAUUAGCUUUUAUUUUUAAAUUAGGUGAAAUAAUUUUUUAGUGGCUUAUAGGUCACAUAUCCCACCCCUUGUAAUAAAUUUUGUAGUCCAGGUUAACAUAAGUAAAAUAUGUUAAAAUCAUAGGGCUACUUAUUAUGCAAAUAUGUGAAUCAAAGAUUUGUCUUUGUGGUGUGGAAUUCAUGUGGAACAUGUAAUUGCACUAUUGUUAAUUUCUCAUUUUUGUGAAGGCAGAAAACAAAGUUACACUGCCUUAUCUGGUGUCAAACUUUGAAGUGUACCUGUGUGCCUUUUUUUAUUUUCUAUUUUUUUGUUUUGAAAAACACUGAAAAAAUUAUACUAACUUAUUUAUGUUGAGCUUUUUUUGUGGGUGUAUGUAUAGCUUCCCAAAGCAACAUUUUUGUGCAUUUUUGUAAAUAUAUAUUUUCAUUAUUGUUUUUAUGAUAAAUAAACUGUUGCAAAACUGAGCCUAAUAAUCGAUUUUA